AUGAGCGCCCGGGCCACCUCGUACCGCCGCGUCUUCGGGCCGCCGCCGCCGCUGCUCUCGCCGGGCUCGGGCUCCUCCGCCGCGCGCCUGCUGGGCGCGCCGGGCCCUGCGCGCUCCGCGCAGUGGGCGCGCGGCUCGUUGCGCGCCGCGCAGCCGGCCCGCCUGGCCCCGGGCGCCGCGCGGCUGGACUGGGCGCUGGCCGAGGCGCUGAACCGCGAGUUCCUGGCCACGCGCGGCAGCGAGAAGGCGGCGCUGCAGGAGCUCAACGACCGCUUCGCCAGCUUCAUCGAGAGGGUGCGCGCCCUGGAGGCGCACAACGCCGCGCUGCGCGCCCAGCUGGGCCAGGCGCAGGCCCGCGAGCCCGCGCGCGCCGCCGACCUGUGCCAGGGCGAGCUGCGCGACCUGCGGCGCCAGCUGGAGCAGCUGGGCCAGGAGCGGGACCGCGCGCAGGUGGAGCGGGACAACCUGGCCGAGGACCUGGCCGCGCUCAAGCAGAGGCUGGAGGAGGAGAUACACAGGCGUGAGGAUGCAGAGAACAACCUGGUGCUGUUCCGGAAGGAUGUGGACGACGCCACCCUCUCCCGCCUGGAGCUGGAACGCAAGAUCGAGUCGCUGAUGGACGAGAUAGAGUUCCUGAAGAAGCUGCACGAGGAGGAGCUGCGUGACAUGCAGGUGAGCAUUCACAGCCAGCAGGUGCAGGUGGAGAUGGAGCCGGUCAAGCCAGACCUGACGGCCGCGCUGCGCGACAUCCGCACCCAGUACGAGAGCAUCGCGGUGAAGAACCUGCAGGAGGCCGAGGAGUGGUACAAGUCCAAGUUUGCUGACCUGUCGGACGCAGCCAACCGGAACCACGAGGCGCUGCGCCAGGCCAAGCAGGAGAUGAACGAGUCCCGGAGGCAGAUCCAGAGCCUGACCUGCGAGGUGGACGGGCUGAAGGGAACCAACGAGGUGCUGCUGCGCCAGAUGCAGCAGCUGGAGGACCAGUACGGGGCGGAGGUCGGCAGUUACCAGGACACGGUGGGGCGGCUGGAGCAGGAGAUCCAGCACCUGAAGGAGGAGAUGGCGCGGCACCUGCGCGAGUACCAGGACCUGCUCAAUGUCAAGAUGGCGCUGGACAUCGAGAUCGCCACCUACCGCAAGCUGCUGGAGGGCGAGGAGAACAGGAUCACGAUCCCCAUCCACUCGCUGGCCUCCCUCAGCAUGAAAACUUCGGUGCCCGAGCCGGAGCAGAUCAUGGAGAGCCACACCAGGAAAAUGGUUCUGAUCAAAACCAUUGAGACCCGGAAUGGAGAGGUGGUGACUGAGUCGAGGAAGGAGCAGAGAAGCGAGCUGGACAAGUGAUCCCGACGCCAGGCCUCUGCCCUGGACCGAGGCGAUGGUGUGAAACUGACAUGCAGAAGCCACUGCGAGACCCCUGCUGCAGCCCCCCACCUGCUCCCAGCCACACUGGCCUUAUUACUACGGAUACCUCUGACAGCCCUGCCGCACUGCCCCAUCCUCCCAGCCUGUCUGCCCCCACAGUGCACCCGGAGGGGUGAGCACAGCAAUACCCCCUCACAGCCCAGGGACAGGGGCUCCUGCAGGGAAAGGAGCCAGGGGGCCCUGCCUCCUGCUCCCCCACGCCUUUGCCCCUCUCACCGCAUGCUGUUUCCUCUGUCCCACCCCUGUCCUGGGCCCUUGGAUCUGACCUGGCUGCUUUUCUGCUCCAGCUCUACCUUGGGGAGGUAACUGACCUUCCCAGACUGCGGGUAGAGCAGGAUUAGGGUGACCCGACAGCAAGUGUAAAAAAAUCAGGGUGGGGGGUAAUAGGAGCCUAUAUAAGAGAGAGCCCCCAAAUCAGGACUGUCCCUAUAAAAUCGGGACAUCUGGUCACCCUCAGCAGGAUCCGGCUCCCCCUCCAGCCACUGCCUGGGCUCUGCCCAUACAAACCUCGAGACCACUACCCAGUCCCUGGAGCGACUGCUGAGACCAGUCCCCAGAUCCGGGCCUGCUGCUCCAUCCCACCCCGAUUCCCGCUCCCGGGGCAGAGGCCCUGACCAAGUUUGGUACCAAAGAGGCGUGAUGCUGAAGCUGGUUCCAGAGAGGCGUCGUCCUGGUUCCGCUCUCGACCCUGGACUGCGGGGGGGUGCUGCCUCCCGCCAGCUCUUCCCAGUGCUGACAGGGUUCCUGCUAACAGAGCACUAGGGUCAGUGCUGCACCAGAGCCUCCGUUUCCAAGUGUGAUCCCAAUGUCUGACUGCAAUUCUUACGGCUGCUACUGCUGUCUGACACGGUGCCCGUUCCCAGGGCUGAGUGUGGCCAGGCCCCAAAUUCUGACCCUGAUCAGUCCAGAAACUGCGUUUUAGGACAGAAGAAACCAAUGGCAGGGACUACUCGCCGCGUCUGGACUUCUAGCCCCAGCGCGCUCAGCCUGGACUCCUGCUCCCCAGGUAAAGUCCCAAUACAAAUGGCUGAUGUUGACGCAGUUCCUCGUCCCACUACUGACUCUUCUCAUUGCUGCUGAAUCUCUGAGUCGACUCUCCUUUGUGCUGCUGAGGAGCAGCUGGGCGUGAUCCCUCUCCCAGGGCUAAGGCCAUGUUCACCACCCAGUACUGAUUGAUGCCUGCUGCCGGCUCCUGGCUCUGAUUUCUGCUUUGACCCCAAAUCCCAGCGCUGAAAGGGAUAACUGCCAUGCGCUGCUCCACAACCGUGCCGAGUGAGACCAGAUGGGUGAGCUAAUGCCCGUUACGGGACCAACUUCUCUGGGUGAAAGAGACAACAGCAGUUGGUCCAAGAAAACCGAUUAGCUCAUCCACCUUGUGUCUUUAGUAUCCUGGGCCACAACCGGCCCUACUGACUGUCCAGUGCAGUCCCCAAUUGUGAUUCCUUCCCCAAGGAGCCCUGCUGUGGUACUGAGUCUCCGUUCUCCUUUUGAACGGAUCCCUGUCUGCCUGGUAGCACUCGUGCCUCUCUGGGAUUUCAGACGCAUUCUUAGUUCUCAGGUCCUGCUACGGGAGAGUUUCUUCUCCCGAUUUUCGGCCCUGGCUGGAAUACUUGAACAGAUGCAUGGAACGAGGUUUCCUGCUGCCGAAAUGUGCUGCUCUCCCAUCGCAGUAGCGAUUCCUGAGCCCGAUACCUGCUGCUGCCACCAAGCCCUGCUGUGCUUUUCCGAUUCUGCUCCCACGAGUGAGUCCCGCAGCAUCUUCCUGAGCCUGACUGCUGCUAAAUAUGCAGUCCCAAAAUGCUUUACCCCAUGGCCCUCCCCACAUGUCUGUGCUCUGGCCACACGCACGCACACGCCGUGCCUGACUCAGAUCCACCUCCCUUGCCCUAGCUCUGCCUUUAACCAGGGGGCUGGGGUAGGGACCCCUCACCCUGCCAGAACGAGACACGCUGGAGACUCUGAGUAGCUGCAGGCUAGUUGCUUUGGUGCUGCCUGAUCUGCCUGAACGACGAGGGUUGCCCAGCGCUCGGCCUCGGUGUUGAACAUGCCCUGUCUUGCUUUACUGGCCACUAAAGAUCAUCACAAGGAA